AUGAACAUAGAUUAUCUCUUGACGAACACAAGCAUAACCAGAAUAUUAAUAAACAGUUUUCUGGUCCCAGUUUUUACUACAAAUAGUGUCAUGUGGAAUUCAGAUAUUGCGUCAAUGUCAAAACUCUCUCUGGAAAAUAUCCAUCAACGAUACAUUUGUAAUAAUAAACAGGGACGAAUGAGGAUAAACGAAACACCUUUUUUCAUUAGAUCAAGCUCACAUUUCGAAUCGGUAAGAAUAACAGCAAAAAGUGGUUUGCUUUCAUAUUAUGACAGAGCAGAAUGGAUCACGGGAAAUGUCUCUGAAGUUUUCCACGUCAUUUCCACGUACAUGAGUUUUUGUUUUUCGGAAUUUGUUUUCAUUCCAAAUCCCGUAGCAGAAAAUUCUCCCAAGCGAAAUGUCAAAUGUUUUAGUCAUCCACAUGCUACGAAACUAUAA